GCAUUGCCUUACCCAGCUGAUGUUAAUCGCGCAAACUCAAAGCCAUUUAACCGCACGUCGUUCGACGACUUACGUCCUGCCUAUUAGGCACUCGUCUGGGGGCCUUGACCAAGUUCAGAUGGCAUCACGGACGUCUAUCACACAAUAAAUAGAAUGCACAGGGGCAUCCGGAGGGCCCCACGUCCAUUAACGACUUCAUGACUCGCACCUUAGCCCCGUGACUCCAUCAAUGUAACGAACAGCCAAUCCUGCCCAGUCCACGGUUCUGGUUGAGCAGCGCAUUGUCUUUUGGUACAAGAUGAUACCCAUUUCCACCCGUCGCCCGCGAGGCUCGCUCGCGUGGAUGCCAACCAACAUCCAUUGGCGUGCGGGUUCACGAUGGCCUUCGAUGCGGCAGUCGCAUCUGUCACCCUGACGGGCAGCAUACUUUCGUUCCUCGCGACAACAGGUGUAUUAAUUUCGUUCGCUCUCUACCAUGAACAUCAGCGAUCUUUCCGCCAUGCCCUCGUCCUCAACCUGACGUUAGCCGAGUUCAUAAACUCACUUGGCAACACGAUUUCGGGCAUCAUCUACAUCAAGAAUAAAGAACUACAACCGGGCGCAGCAUGUGUCCUCAACGGCAUGGUCGGCCAGCUCUCGGUGCAGGCGUCCGACUUCUCUAUCCUCGCCAUCGCGGUCGUCACCUUUCUCACUAUAACACGGAAAACCUACAUGCCGAAUGCGUCGACUUUCCGAAAGGUCAUGAUCUGCCUCUCUGUCUGGGUCAUACCGCUCAUUACCAGCACGACAGCGACUCUCAUGGGCACAAUGAAACCCGUGAGCGGCAAUUGGUGCUGGAUAACCCGAGAACGGCCUGAUCUUCGAUACGCACUAACGCACGGCUGGCGUUUCGGCAUCAUCUUCACCACAAUCCUCAUUUACCUCUACGUCUGGUGGUACCUCGGACGACACUUUCGCACAAUGGUCAGCACAUCUGAUCCGUUGUACAAUAGCGAAAACUCGAACGGCAACGUCGUCACAUCAUCGAUACGGAAGAAGCAGGGAUUCGAGUCAAUCCAUACCCCCGAGCUGGAGAUGGACCAGUUUGAGCGAGCGAACCCAACUUGGGGUGAGCUGCCACAGUUCUCGCCGACCCAGCAAGCUCAACAAACGUCGCCUGUCGCCCCGCGGAGCGCGCCAGCUGCCUUGGCCAGAAGACCAUCGGCCACUGAAGUCGAUGAAGAUAAGGAAGUUCAAGUACAAGUAGGCGGCAGGCGGCCAUCGGCAGUCAGAAUGGCACACUUCGCCGAAGACAAGAUCGACGAAGAGCCGACAGGCGAGCAAGAGCCGGGCCGGAAGAUGUCGGCAAGAAUAUCACGAUUCGACGACCAUGACAUGGACAUGAGCCAAGCCUCCGAGGCGCGGUUCUCAUACCUCGAACAAGAGGAUAAGCUGCACAAGAGCGCUUCCGGGGGCCCGUCACACCUUCAAAAGGACAUGCUCCCACCAGCAGCAAUUGCUACCCAAGCACAAUUCGCUCAAUACCGCAUGGACAGCGGACCGCCGAGGAGGCCGUCGGUGUCCAUUUGGAAGAAGACUCACAGGAGCAGAAGCUCUACAUUAUCAGCAUUGUCAUUCAAGAUGCCGGGGACCCGGGAAAUGCAGUCCCGAGACUUCCCGACGAACCCGACCCUCAACCACGUCGACAGCAGAAAGAGCGCGCCGCAGAACGUGACCGCGACAAUGAUGAGCGACUUCCCGAUUCGGACGCAGACGAGGAAAGUCGAGCGUGAGAUCAAGCGCAUGAUGCUUCUCAAUGCUUACCCGGUCAUGUAUGUGGUGCUCUGGAUUCCGGGUCUCGUCAACAGAUUGAUGGAGGCAUCGGGAAACGGCUCUCAGAGUCGUGUUUUGGCAGCGCUGCAGAGCUCAAGUCAGUUUAUCGGCCUGGCGAAUGCAAUCACCUAUGGCUUCAAUCAGCAUGUGAGGCAUAGGAUAAAGGGCGAUUUUUUCACAUGGCUACGUCGAAGAUGAACAGUUUAUUAUAAGAAAGAGCCGGAAGUGGCAGGAUGAGUUACGAAUCCGAUGAAAUAAUACAUUUUCAGAAUACCCUAUUAGUUAGUCAAUCAUAAGAAUGAUAUCCAUGGUUGCGUUUCACAAUAGUUUCCUACAUCGCUUGCCUGGUGGCUUCGGAGCCGUCGUAGAGUACGCUGCGAAGUUCCUUGACGUGCUCGUUGAAUAUUUGUGCAGACAUUAACGUAUGCUUCAUUGCGGACUGUUCGACUAAUUCGACGGAAAAGGUCAUAAAAAGCUUAUUGGUGAGACCAGAGCACUAGUCAAGAGUCACGUUACCGGCAAGGCCUCAGAGGUAGAAAUAUGCAAAUUAUUCGUGGAGGGAGUGAAAUGUGACUAUGAAAGGUUCGAUUUGAGCGAGAGUUUGGCCAGCUUAUACUGUCAAUCAAUC